UUUACUUUCUGCGAGCAUAGCUGUUCCACAUUAAUGAUUUAUGAAGCGAUUGAUGUAAGCGUCAAGCAUUGAUAACAGACCUUUUGUUUAAGCGCGACACUAAUUUAAAUUAUUCGCCCCUGUUGAUUUGAAAUGCUUUCACAGAAGUAGACCGGCUGUGAUAUUUACCCCACCAGUGUACUGGGCUCGCCCGGCCGAUUUCUGGACAAGGUGAAUAGUUACAAAUCUAGAGUUUUUCCUCUAGAUUACCACUGGUUUCAAUUUUCUCCACAACAGGAAGCCAAGAGGCCCACCCCGGUGGAUUUCAAGCUGUAAGCGAACAAGAUGCCGAGCACAAGAAAUAGAAGUCGGUUAUCGGAACAGUCGACCAGUAAGUUUGAAACGAAUGAUUUUGUCAAAAAAACUUGCCCACCAAGGGAAAAAAAGUGCAAGCUUAAAUCGAAGAAAUUGCUGCUCAAGAAAUUUACAGCUCAGUCUGACGAGGUGGAGGAAGGUAUGUUUUGAAAUUAUUAUCAUUUACUGUCAUGACACAAUUAAAACAGUUUUCGCUGAUUUAUUCAGUGGAAUCUAACAAGAAUGACGAAAGCUUCACUGGCGAAAAUUCGAAGCUCUUUGCGAAGUGUAACUUCCUCUAAUGCCUCGAAAGUAAAAACCGCACAAUCUUGUAGAUAAAAUCGUUAAGAGGUUCUCAAUUAGCCAAGAGUACCGGUAUUCCGUUAAAGCAACCGAGGUUCCUUUAUCUAGUUUUUGUAUAUAGUUAUUUUAUAAGGUCUAGUCAGUCGCCGUUACGUCACUAUAAUUGUAAGCCAGAGCAAAACAGGCGAACACUGCCUGCUUUCUUGAACAAGAACGCUUCCAUGACUAUCAUUAGCCCAAAGGCUGCACUCUUAAUAAAAGGCUAUGUGAACCGCACAUAAUCCCAAUAAUUGACCCGAUAAUUGAUCUCGAGAGAUCUACUGCUUAGUGACUGAAAUUCCUUUGCACGAAAAGUUCUUACCAUUGUAGAACGCAUCGCUUGGUUGGGUCCAUACAGUGAUGUUAAGACCGUACUUACCGUCUGCGAAUACUUUUGGGGUCAAAUUUACAACGGAACAAGAAAGCGUAAAGAUAAAAGCGGUCAUUUCGUCCGUGAACUGGGGCACGAGACGAGAAUUGCUUAUAGAGAUUGAUACUGUACCGCUUCGUUCAAUUGCAUUUUAUACCUGAGAGCCGAAGGAUUAUCUGUCAUUGCUGAAGGGUUUUACAAUAAAUGACCCAUCAUUGUCUUGACUUAGUAUUGGAACCGUUUACGGACCUACGGUUGCAUUAAAUGAGCGAGUACUUUUACAAAAAAUUCAGUUCGUUCACGAAACCUGGAAAGAUGGUCAGGUCACGACGCUUCAAGAAGAACAAGGAAAAUGAAGCCUGUGAGUUGUAAGAAGGAGGAAUGGUAGAGUAGAUGUACUUGUUUCCGCCUUUGUUGACAGAUUUCUUGUUGUGUUCCUUUGCAGACGUUGAAUUGAUGAUUGGAGAAACUAAGUCCAGAAUAGCCAACUGCAAUUCAGCCGUUUCAAAAAGCAAGAAAGAGCAACUCACGGAAACACUUCGGUGGUGAGAUUUUUUAUAUAUUUUUUUUAUUAGGCUUCUGGGUGCAAAUUCGCGCCUACAGCGUUUCGAGGCCUUUUAAGUGCCGCUCGAAAGAUUACAAUUUGCACCUCAAAUCCUACUAAUUUGGCGAGUGAUUAGGAAUUAGAACCGUUUUCUGUCUGACAAUGACAGUUACUUGGAGAGUGUAAAAGUGGAAGAAAGUUGGAAAAAAGCUCUUAAGAUAACUCUGAAUUUCCCCCAAAAAAUAAUAAUAAAAGAAAAGAAAUGCAUAUAUUAAACGUAAACCUGGUCAUUCAUUCGAAAAAUUACUGCAAUUUUAAAAAGAGUCAGCCGGGAAUUUGAAAAUUAAUUAUGUCAGAGAUCUUAUGUCAUCAUGUCCUCGUACUUUUUUGAGCUCGUGUUUUCUGUCAACACAAUGUUAAAUCUCUUUCCCAAGUCCUUUUUUCCGCAAAGAUACUUUAGAAAACCCGAAUUAACCCAUCAAAGUUUUGAGACCGCAAAAAAGUUGUAAAGAAACCGUAAUGGAUACCAGCAUACGAUAUUCUUUUAGACUUCACACGUAUUGGAAGCUCUCUUCUAACAGUGUCCGGAAAUUCGGCGGAAGAUACAAUUCAGGGGAGCACAAUAGAACAGCAGAUAAUUUAGCCGAAAUAACAGCUUGAACAUUAAACAAAACCACCUAGGUCUUUCAUUGCAUCUUUUACAUUUAUUGACCGUGCGUACCUGCUAAUUACCUUUCUGGAAAUCAUAUAUUCACUCGAAGAGUCUAUUUUGGUCUUUAUAGCAAAGCUAAGCUUGGCAGCUGUCAAAUUAAGUCAACUUUUGUCAGGCGUAAAAUAAAUGAAUUUUUUUCUCUUCAAGAGAAAGUGAGAAAGGUGAAAUGUAAACAGUGUUUGAAAGAGCGCGCAGUCCUUACAUUGUAUGACGUUCAUUGAUCACAACACAAAAGGCUACAUCUUGCCGUAUAGACUUGUUUGACGCACUUGACGGUAGUGAUAUCUACUAGUAUCAACCUCCCAGAAAGUAUGAGAAUAAUGAAUCUAAUUUUAUCACCUUGAAUGUUUUUGGGUUUUUAUCAGUUUUUGAUGUACUUCCUUUUAGUAGGAAUGUUUUUAAAAAUCUAUUAAGAAAAAUACCAUUAGAGAGCUCAAAUUUCAUCGCCAUUAUUAAUGGUCUGAAAUGCUUCUCGUCUUUUUUUUAAAAAAAGACUUGGUCCAACACGAUUUUUGGAUAGUUAUGUCGAAAAGAAAUAGCAUUUUUGCAACUGAUUAUCGCCUAAAGCUUUUGAAGAAGAAGUUGAAAAGCUGAUGACAAGUCUAAUUUGCACUCUUCUAAUCUGCUGACAUCUUGAAUGACUAGUCAGUUAGCCCCCUAAAAGAACUGAACUUUUUCUUUGAGUUUACUAGAGAAAACGUAAACCGCCGGCUAACUUGUACGUGACGAUUUUAUUGCCUCGUCAAAUCUCUUUGAAAUUUGUCCGGAAAAGUGUCAAGAUCUCAAGUUUUAAGAUUUAACGCAAUGCGGUAACCCUGUUAAAUUUUGCGGUUUGCGAAUUGUCUACAUUUGAGGUCACCUUAAAAAGGGACCGGAAACCGCGAUUCAACCCCUUCGCUGGGCAUAAAUUGGACACUUAAUGUUAAUUACGGUUGGGCAAUUUUGCUCAACACGAAAACGUGGAAAGUGAUUUCAUCUUUCAAUCACCUUAGAACGGUUUACCCCAAUAAAAAAAUACCUAUGCUUUUUUCGUAAUUAGCAGUUACUUUUAUGUCGGGCUCUUGCUUCAUGUGAUUACGUUAGCAUUAAAAAAAAAAGGACAUGCUCGUAUGGACAGUUCCAUUAGGCGGUCUGAAUGCUGUGCAGCGGUUUGAACCGGUUUUUUUUUUUUUUUUUUUUUUUUUUUGCAGUGUAAGGUUACAGAUCACCUGCAUUAAUAUCUUUACAAUUAAUUCAAUAUUUCAGAGAAAAAAACUCUUUACUUCAAAUUAAGUGCGCUAUUACCUAAUCAUUCCCUAAGAAAUUCGAAAACACUACGGAAUGUCGAGAGUUUUAUGCUCAGACGCUAUCUGUCAUUGAACUUAGAUCCAAUGAAGAAUUCGUCAAAAAUAAUUAAGCAAACAGCUGAAACUUGGCCAAAAUGUGCUGUUCAUCUUUAGUUUGCAUAUAGUAACACACCUUCGGCUUGACGCUCUUAUUUUACCUGAAAAUGUUGUCUAGAGGCCGUAACGGGUAUGCAACGGGUUUCACAGGGGAAAAUGAAAAAGUAAAAAAAUGACGGUUCAUGUGGGUCGCUUGGCUCCUCGGCUAGGCCCGUGAUCGGAACUGAGAACAUUAAUCUCGCUGAAUCAUCCGACGGAACGUUUCACCUAGCAGCCUUCAUGAAUUCAAAUUCUUUGUUAGUGGUCAAUCUGAAGCUUUAAGAGCUUUCCAGUUCAAGAAAUGUUAAGAAAAGGGGUUUUGAAAUGAAAGAAACUGUGUGAGAAAGCUACAAGGUAUUCACAUAACCUAGUUAAGGGCGAAAGCAGGGUGAGGGUUAUCUAAUGAAAAGACGGUAUAUAAGUAUGGUGUCAGACUUUCGCUUCACAGUGUAAUUUUUAAUUAAGUAGGUCGUUUCAAAUCUUCCCCGUUUCCAUAAUUUUGAUUAAACCCUCCCCAUUGUUUGUUCAUAUAUCUAUGAAAAAAUUCUUAAAGGACUGCAACCUAAAUGCGCAUCACCCGUUUCGAUCGAAUGAAAUCUCGGCGAAACUUAAAAGGAAGACUACCAAAUAUUCUAAGAGCAAGGUAUUUGACCGAGAUACCCCCUUAACUUCCGUCAGAAGCUGUCUUUUUUGUCACGUCUUCAACGUUACCUCCAUCAGUUUAAUUGUUCUGGUACUUGCCAUUUAGUUAUCCUCUAUCUAAAUGCGUACAUUUUCAGAUCUCUUUACAUCAUUUUUUCAAGUCAUUAAGAGUUGUUAACCCUCUAUGUAUUAAUAAGCUGGUCUAAUUCUCUUCAGGUUGGAAGAGAACUAUGUUAUGUGUGAAGGAGUUUGCCUUCCUCGGUGCAUUCUUUACGCUCACUAUCUGGACUUCUGCCGACGACAUAACGUAGAUGCCGCCUGUGCGGCUACAUUUGGAAAGGUACCAGUGCCUCUUUUUCUUUACAAAUUGUGGGUGGGGCUUGAAACCGAAGAUUUUAGUCGGCAUGAUGUCCUCACGCAGGCUGGUGAACCGUCUCCUAGCUAUACAUACUCUCCAUUGUAUCAGUUUUGGGUAUUCCUGAGGUCUUCAGGACUUAUUAAUAUAUGAAAAACUGAAAAACGUUUUUUUCUUAGUUUAUUAAAAUGGUGGGCACUUUAAUUUGUUUUGUUCAUCUAUAAAACGUUUGCGGUUGUAUUCCUUGGAGGAAAUGAAUGCUAUUUUACGUUAGUUAUAUACCAGCUCUCACCAAAGAAACGAGUUUUUAAAAUAUGCUACAAUAUUAUGUAUGCCAAUGCUGCAGUGAGUUGAAAAAGAGCAAGUCAUUUGGAAACUAGUGGAAAACUGUAAAUAGCAAACUAAUCUUUAAUAAGACGGAUCUUCUAGAUCUCGAAGCUUAUCCGCCAGCUUCAAACUUUUGAAACGAAGUCGAGAUGUUGCCAAAUGUCUGGCUUCUUCUCUCAACUAACAAUUUUUUUUCAAAUUUUCAGCAAACAAUACCGCUCUUUCCAAUUUUCAUAGUGAUCGCACGCCUGAAGGCGAUUAUAACAACUCAAUGUCUUUUCUUUUCCUUAAUUUUUUUUUUUUUUUUUUUUUUUUUUCAUUAUUUGUAGACGAUACGGCUAAAGUUUCCUCAACUCACAACAAGAAGGCUUGGGACGCGCGGUCACUCCAAGUAAGCUGAAAUUAUAUUUUAAAUCGCUACUGAGAUCCAAAAUAUUUACCUAAACGAGCACUUAACUAAAUAUACAAAAACAACUGCGUGGGUACCCACACAUUCAUCAAAAUUUUUCUCUUCACAGGUAUCACUACUACGGUAUUGGAAUAAAGGAAUCUUCUGCUUAUUAUCACUCGGUUUACUCAGGGAAAGGUUUAACAAGGUGAGGGAGAUAACUUCCUUAUUGCCUUCUCGCCAUGAAAUAUUAAGUGAUAUUUCGAUGGCAUUCCGUUGCUUGUUCUGAACGGGGUAAUUAAACGACCUCCAUGGUAGAAUAGUAUUUGUUUGCUAAAGACACAAAGAAAAUGUCGUUCUUUUCUUAUUGAAAAUCCGUAAGGGAUAUAAACCGGAAGAGGCGGUUGUAAAAUGAAGAAGAAAUGUAUUCAAAGAAUCUGACAUGCCUAACGAAAUUUUCACAUUAGAUUUUUCGAGAUGAUUUCAGUCCCAACAAUUGUGUUAUUAUUAUUAAGAGUACGAAAACUUUACACCCCUUAAAUCAAGGAAACACCAAAUGCAAGCCAAUAAUAACAAUGUGUUACUAAAUUUGGAGAGGUUAAAAUAUAUCAAGAUAUUGUGUAAAGUUAAAGAAAGAAAACAUUUGACGUUUUCCAAUGUUCUGCCCGACUGUUUAAACGCCAUAGAAAACUGCCAUUUUUUGGUCGUAAAACAGAUCUUGGUGGGAUAAAUAGUUAUGUAUCAGGUUUUCAGUAUUUCUGUUUUGUAUUUUAAAAAACGGGAAAUUAUACGACAAUGAAAAAAUAAACACAUGGUUCAACCAGGAUUUUGGGUGAUGAUUAAGUAAGUUGGUGCUUUAUUAUUCUUUAUAAAGAAAAUUUGAACUAAUUAAAUCAAUUGUCUCAGGUCUUCAUUCGGUAUCGCAGUGCAUAAUUCAAAUUGCUUUUUUUUCCUAUACUUUACAAUCAAAGGUUAUUUUAACUCAGCUUCGCUAACGCCAAAUAUUUGUAAGUGUCCUUUUCUUAACGACUGUUUUCCUUGUUUCAUCAUUCGGGGUCACCUUUCAAUAAACAACAGCAGUGCAGCUCACAAAUACAACACAAAAUCACGCGAUAAGAAUAAAAAAGAAAAGAAUGCCUUCAGGAAAUCUGUCGUUUAUUUUUUGUUUUAAAAAGCGCAGGCAGAAAUUGCGAAUGAAAAGAAAUAAACGCAACACAUUCAGAAACGAAGACCUUAUAGGAAGUUUUGAAAAGUGCUCUACAAAUAGAUUUUAUUCGGAUAGAGUCAACAAUUCUUCGGGAUUAAAUCAAUGAAGCGUCGUAUGCUUCGGGGUAAAUCGGAGAGGACUGAGCUUUUUGCUUGGAAAAUUGUCAUCAUGUACCAAUGUUUGUGUGACAAUGAGUGCGGCUCGCAUUUAUUUUCUAGCAUAGAGUGAUGUUUUGUGGACCUUUAUGCCUUGGCGGAUGAAGGGGAGGGGCCCUAGGCCUGGACCCACUGUUAAAUUAUAUAGAUAAGCGGGCCGCCAUUCCUUGAAUAUGUGAAUCCGCCACUGUGAUGAUUAAGGUUGUGAAGCCACGUUUUUUUUUUUUUUGUUGUUCUGGAUUUCAUAAGACAUUACUUGAGUUCCAACAGACGUUUUACCUUAAAGCUGUCGGCAAGUAGAGAAAGGAAAAACAAAGACAGCAAGUUUUGUCAACCUCUUUCCCAGGGUCCUCUCCACACCACGGGGGCCGAGUAGGAGAGGACCCUGGGUAUGAGGUUGAAGUUUUGUGCGUGUUGAAAAUUAAAAAAUUAAAAAAAAAAAUUCUGUCUACCUAUGAUAAACAAUGAUUACCAAUGUGGAGUGUUGCGAGGCUGCAAUUAUUUUCAAUUGCUUCCCAGUUAUGGAAUAAAUGUUCGAAAAGUUAUCAGUGGUAUAAAAUAAUGUUUCAAGCGACUAAAUACAGGCACACAGUGCCUGUGUCCGGCUGUAGUUCGAGUGCUUUUGCCCAGUCCCUUGGCCUCAUUAUUCCACGCCGUCAAUGCGUUUCGGGUCACGUGGUCCGAGCGAGUUUUUCUCCAGGCCGUUCGUCUCAGAUACGUCACCGAAAUAAAUUGACUGCGGAGGCCUGGGAACACGCCGCACAGGGACUAGAAAAGAAUGCCUUAAGUUUUUUGUUCUUAAUUUAUGUUAACACCUGCUCAAGAAUAUGGUCCAUGAGUUAUAAUGUAAUGUCUACGUUCUUUGCUGCACCUGUCGGUUCUAAAAUGGUUUAAUUAUAUUUCAAUUAAUUUUAUUUUACCACAGAUUUUCUGGAUCAAAAGUCAAGAAUGAGGUAAUAAUGCCUGUUUUUGAGAUAAGAAUUCUUUUUUACAUUGAAAUGUAUUUAAAACUAUUGUAUUUGUACGCCAUGAGAGCCCUAAAUUCCAACGCUAUAAGGAGUGAUUAUUAUCAGUUAAAUGCUGUCAAAGACAUUUCUUUUGACUGGUCACACCACAGCGUUUCGUCCGCAUACUCAAAAGUUAGAACCACGGCACUGCAUAAGAUUCCAUCUUUCACCCUGGGAUUGAAAGGUUCAACUAAAAUUCGACUCCUUCGAGUUUUGAGCCAUCUACGUUUCGUAAAGAAAGCUUUAACAGGGAAACCUAUGCAUUGUUGUCUUCAUUUAACUAGGAGUUUUCAUUUUAAGCAAUAUUUUUAAGUUUAACCCCGUCAAUAUUCGUGAAUGAUUUGUUUAAAUUGUGAUGUUAUUGCCCUCCUUCUUAGGGUUCUUUUUCAGUUCGCAAAUAUUCCCUCAGCUCCAAGACUGGCACUUUAUUACCUGACUUCCCAAAUCCGAGAUUGCUGGAAUUACCAGGAAAGAUUUCGCUUGAAAAGGUGAGGAGAGAAAGUUAUUUAUGAUCACUUCUGUCUUGUUAAAAAAAAAUAGACAAAAUCGAACGAAUAGUCCCAAAGAAAACACAUUAUCUUUAUUUUGAUGCAAGAAGACACAAUACGGCUACUAUAUUUAAAUGAGCCAACAGAAAAAAAUCAGACCAGGAAACUGUCACUUAGUCCGUUAAAGCAAUUGUACGCCUCACCGUCUUUUAGGUUGCGAGUGUGCACCCUUCCUUAUAUAGCGAAUGUUUCUUUGCAUCAUGUUGAAAAGGGUUAGAAAACAUGGUUUCUCACCGGUUUCCUUGCUUCAUAGUUUUUUUCUACUUCGUUGGCCACUUCUCCAACCUAUAAUCUGGAACCAGCAUGAGAUAAUUUGCACUCCCUCGAAUUGAAAUUAAUGAUUGUUUAUUAUUGAUCUUAUUUCUAGUUAGAGACGUUUGUUGUGAUGUACAAGACACACUGUCAGUGUAUUUUAGACACUGCGAUAAACGCCAAUUUUGACGAGGUGAGCUUCAACGGCUUUUGACUAUCGUUAAAAGUUAGAAGAUGUCUGUUUGCUAUUCUAAUGUUAUAUUACGAGCGGAAUCAAUUCAUACCAGUGUUGAUGUGAUGGGAAAAUAAAUAACACUCUGGGAAGGCUUUCAGCCAUGUGUUUGCAAGAAGACCCCCCUCCCCCGGGGGGGGUACUCCCCUCUAUAAGUCAUAUAGGUAUGUGCCGCCCCAAAGGGUAUGGUUUUUGCGGCGUUUUGGUCUGAAAACGGGUAUAGACUUUUCUUAGUUUCGUCUGGAAUCGGGUAUGGUUUUCGAGAGAACUCUAGGAGUGUAUAAACAUAUUUAUCAUGUCAGUUCCGAAUGGCCAAGAAAGAAAGAAAAAUAUGCAAAUUUGAAAUGGAUUUUAAGAGGCCGGGAGGCCAGGUCUGAAAAUGGGUAUUUAUUUUAGAGGCCAGGUCUGAAAACGGGCGUGGAAAAUGACAUUUUUAAAUUUGGUCUGAAAGAGGGUCAGAAUUUGGAGAACCAGGCGGCACACCCCCACCAAGAAUUCCCAGGAAUACCCCCCGAGGGAGAAACACAGUCGGAAUAAAACAAUAAUGCGAUGGGUACUGUACUGUAAGCGUGGCUCGACGGAUGUUGCCAUUGCCAAACAUUCAGAUUGGAGUGAAAUAGAGGAAAUGUGUAUGACAAUUUGUAUCAGUCUUACCCGAAACAUUUCGCAAUGGCGAAUCUGCACCAAUUCAAAUAGAGAUUUCAACCUAAAUGUCCGGGUUUUCCUUGUAAAUAGAAAGUACACACUGUAGAUGUCUAUUUUCGAGAAUUAAGCUUCCUUCUUGUAGAAGUGUUCUUUGUAUUGGAACUCGUUAAGUGAUACCGUAAAGUUCCGACAGCAACGAAAGAAACGAUGUAAUGUACCUUUUGAGUUACAUAAAGGAAUGUCAAAGAUCAUUAUAACCGUCAAAAAAUAAAUCUCGGAUCAGUUUGGUAAAGCUUGUUAUAACUACAAUUUCCGUUAUUUCUAGCAAGAAGAGAAAUCAAUUUUGAAGUCGCUACUUUAUUCGGAGGGUCGCUACUUUUGGCAUUUGCUAACACCUGUGAAAUUUUAUCUCCAAUCUCGAAGGGUCGCUACUUUGGGAACUUUAGGGUAGUUGUUUGUAUAUUAAUUGACAUUAGCUUUAAAAGUAUUGCUAAUUGCUUGAUUGCAACUGCUAACUUGCUUCUGUCAUAAUCUAUUUCAGAUAAAAAAUUUUCUGUUACACUUCUGGCAAGGCAUGCCCGAUCACCUGCUACCGCUGAUGAAUACAGAAGUCGUAGCUGACGUUAUUUGCGUCUGUGAUUCCAUUCUCUAUAAGGUAUACGUAGUCACAAAUUAAACGCGACUUGCAGUUAACAUCAUAAUGAAGGUUUACAUCACUUUUGCCUUCCGUUGCCCUGCUGAGUUAAAUUUGAAUUUUUGUUUGUCGACUGUGGGUCUUAUGUUUUAAAAGCGGUCAAAUGUUACCUAAUAUUCGCAUUAGGAGUUGCAGCAUAGACCGAAGACGACUAUGAGAACGAGAUUUCCUCGAUGCUAAGUAGUGAGCAGGCGUGAACCAGCGUCAUUUUAGCGGGAAAGCGCGAUAUCCAUCGUCAUUCCACUACGGGUUUUAUGAGCAAAAAUGUGGUAGUGACGGAAGUAUCAAAUGUUAUCAAAUGUAAGAAGUUUUGUUAUUUUGCGAUGGGGAGAAGGCUUAACUUCCUUCAAUAAAAACAACAGUUUCAACUUUUCUUGUGAAAAAAGAGGGAAAAAACACUUUCCGAGGUGUCUACUUUUUAGCAAUACGCCAAAAAACAAUCUCGUCCUCGUCUUUGAAUCACAAGUUCCCAAUUGUGUCUGAUCGCCGUACAAGUGAAUUAUAAGGCUAGUGAAACCACAAAACAAGGAUUGGAAUCCCAUGGAUCAUUCAUUCAUUCCUUAUUCAUCCCACUUGAAUUCUUUUGUAGGUUUUAAUGGAUGUUCUUGUUCCCUCCACCAUGCAAGACGUUCCAGAAGGGUAAGGAAAUCACAAACAUUAUAUUUAUAUUUCCAGCUGCAGUUUCUUUUCGCUAAUGACUAUGACUAACAACCAGCCGUUUUUUCCUCCACUAGACUUCUCGCUGAUAUCAGGACGUUUGCGAGACACCUGGAGUCCUGGGUACUGGCUGCAACAGUUGAACUGCCAGAUUAUCUAAAAAUGGGAAAAAUCCAAGGUCAGUUGUUGAACCAGCUAGGAUUACAUUUUCUGAAGUGCAUUUAUCAAUGAAAUGGAAACUGAUUUUCCGUUUCUCUUUUUUUUAUUUUUCAAUUUUUGGUAGCCUGUGUACACCCGCCCCCUCCGCUCAAAAAUGUCGGGGAUUUUGUUUGAGGGGAAGGGUGGCUGUACACAGGCUAUUAUUUGGGUCAUAGCAAAGAGCGUCUAUUUCUUCAAUUAUGAUUUGCGAAUCUAUCAGCUCAAACUUUCCGCUGCUCAAGCCGUUGACAAUCUUCGUAGUAACAUAGGCUGCAUUUCUUUUAUAUUUCUCUGGCAUUAGAACAGUGAUUGCAUACUUAACACGUUUUCUCAUUAAUAGAAAGUGAUUUUUUGUUUCUUUCUCCAUGUAAAGCUGUAAGGCGUUUUGUUCAGUCGCUGAGAAGACAAACUUCGUUCCUUCAUCUUGCACAGGUAUGAUUUAAGAUCACUCUGACAAACGAAUAACCUCCUUACUACCGCAGACAUUAAAGGAGACAGUGCGAAGCGUUUGCAUAAAAAGGGGCUAUUGGCUAUAGUUAGUUAGUUAGUAGAAUAUUCGCACUGCAUACAUAUUGUAAGGUCACGGGGAACUAAGUUAUGAGAGGAAACAGCGACUGCCAGGACAAUAGGCAUGCCGAAUGAUGAGGGUAUGCGACGUCAACCGCCACCAGGGGAGGUGAGAGGAGGGGCGAAACUUUGAAGUCACUUCCACUGAACUCCGUUGGACUAACUGGCCAAGAGGCGGGCAAAAGCCGAGCAAUUCUGAGCAAGGGCUGCAAUGCAUCAUGCCAAUAGCGCGCAGGCCAACAUGAAGGAAUUUCAAGGAGUUUCUUAUUUCCCGCGUCACGGGCCAAUUAUGUAUGCAGUGAGAAUAGUUGGUAAGUUGGCUAGUUUUCUGUCUAUCUAGUUAGUUAGUUUUAGCUAAAGCAAGUCAUUUGGAUGGUUAUCUCGCUUCCCGCAAAAAGUGCUUCACAGAUUGUAAAACGACAAGUAAGCGUAAAAUUCCUUAACACGUGAUUUGGUUUAUUCCUUUCGAACGUUGCACGGAGAACCUGAAUUCGAUCACAAUGUCUGACCUAAUUUUAACCCUUCCUUUUUUCCCAAGACAUCCCGACCCGUCUUAGCCAACCAAGAGAUAGUAGAUCACAUGGUAAAAGAUAUCGAGAAGCUUGAUAUAGGAAACAAUGGAAGGCAGACUUUGCAAGCCAGGACCGAAAAGGAUUGCGACGAUGGAUUUGACAACGAAUGUGAGAAUAAUGUUUACUCGUUCGGUCUUCUUUAUCGUCACCCUUUUGUGUUUUCAUGUUAUGAGGCUGUGAAUGCCUCUUAUUUCGCCUGGAUGAUGAGCUUAUUUUGCUUGAUAUUUUGAAUUUCAGUUCUUGAAGACUUUGUUGAUCUGUUACGUGAGCAAGCGCCUUUGGAGUCUUAUGUCGAGUGGUUGGAUAGGCUUGUAGAAACCAAGAUCAUUCGGGUGAGUAGACUUCACGUGAUGUGUACGUGAUCCUUGCAUUCUAUUACUUUCUGGCAACUUUGCGGUAAAUGCUUCAUUUACGAGUUUGUCACUGUCUUUUUUCAGCCCUGUGAGGAAGCUGGUGACGAUUUUAAGAGCAGAGCUCAGGAAUUCCUUUUAAGAUGGUCAUUCUUGGGAGCGAGGCUAAUGCACAACUUGACCCUCAACGCUUCAUCGUACUUCGGUGAGAUUAAAUUAAUAAGCUGUUUUAAUAAUUUAAACCAAAGCAGUCACAUUUUCAUUUAAAACAAACGCAAGAGGAAAUAUUCUGAAAAAUAGCGGAGCCAGAAGACGCUUUCUUCGAAGAGCAUUGCUUACGCAACUUUAAACUAUAACAAGAGCCAUUCAACACAGGGAAAAUGAAGGUUGUGGCUAACAUGUGACAUUUUUAUUUGUAAAACCUUUGGCCAAGUAAUCUGUAAAGCAAGCAAUUCCCCAUUCUACUCUCUAUAUAGCAGCCCAGUAUAUAUGUUUUUCAUCCGGCAAGGUUUACAAGAAUGCUGUUAUUAUUACCUCAUUUCCAAGGCCAAGAAUCAACCUUUCUUUGAACGAAUCAAGAGAGGAUAAUAGCGUUGUUGUUGUUGAUGAUGAUGAUGAUGAUGAUGAUGAUGAUGAUGAUAUAAUAAUAAUAAUAAUAAUAAUAAUAAUAAUAAUAAUAAUAAUUAUGAUAAUAAUAAUAAUAAUAAUAAUAAUCGAUCGUGUAUGUGGUGGAGCGCGCUCGAUUUUAAAUAGACCGUGACAGACUUUCUCCUGCUUCAGUUUUAGGCUUCAGUUCGGCUUCAUAACCUAUCCGUUUCUGUUGACCUGUAGGAUCACGUUAUCACUUGCUUCUUCUUCGCAGGAUCUUUUCACCUUAUUAGAAUGCUCCUUGACGAAUAUAUGUUACUUGUGAUCGAAACAAAGUUCUACAAUGAGACGGAAGAAAAGUUGCAGGAAAUGCUUGAUCGGCAUUUAAAAAUGGGUGAGUGAUCUUUACUUAUGCAUGAUGUUUAGAAGGGAAGAACUAAGGGACGGGUCCUUAUUUAUCGCCUGGAGGUGGGGGGGGGCGUAGGGAUCACUUGAUUUUUAGGAGAACAAAAGGGGGGAUCAGUUGUAACUGAGAACCCAAAAGGGGGAAUGGCUGAAAACUUUGGCAGGAUUCGGAGGGGGGACCACUCAAAUUUGCUUGGAAAAUGAAGUCGGGGGGGAUCGAGAAAGUCAUCAGAUGUUAUUAGAGGGGAUCACUUCAGUGAACUAACAUUCAAAGAGGGGAUCGGCUAAAUUUCACCUUGUUUAGCUUCAAAUCCUCCCCCCUCCCCCCCACCAGGCGAUAAAAUAAUGACCGGUCUCUAAGGGGUCUACAAGCUACAAGACAUGAUAUUCCUGGUGGAUCACCCACCCAUCCAGUAAUUCCUAACUCCGCCCGUCACGGCUUAACUUGAGUGGUACUAUUAACACCAAAUUUUGCGAGGGUUUGAAGGACACGUCUUUCUAGUCAUAAUUUGCCAAUUGUCAUCCUGGCUCCUGGUUUCCCGCCAUAAGAUAAGCACCACAUAAAUCGCCUUGUAUAAAGUAAGCGGCAUCAAAUUUUGUGGCCUAGAUCAUGCUUAAAAUAUCAUUUUUUUUUAAGUACGUAUGUAUUGAUAAGGCAAAUUAAAAUCAUUAGUAGAUGGUUAGCCGUUGUAAACAACGCUUAAUGAUUUUCUAUUUUAUUUUUCUUGCUAUCAGGUGAAGGAGUUGACAAAGAUAACUCCCCUCUUCGAGUGCAGACCAUUGUAACCAAAACAAAGUUCACCGUGCCCGACAGCGUUCUCGCAAAUGGCGGAAAACUGCCACCUAAAUCAGAAAUCAUAGAACCCAAGCAAACUACCAAGCCAGGCCCUCGGGUCAAACGUAUAAAGUCACGUGACCAUGUGAAUGGUAUAAAACCAAGACCCAAAAGACUGUCAACUCAUCGGCUAAGCGCAUGCUCUGUGAUGGAUCAUCCACCUUCGCCGGUGAUGAAUGGCUUCCCGCCAACACCUUUAGAAUCUUCAGCCUUUAUUAUGCCUACGCCGAAGGAGAAUUGCUUUCUUGGUCACAACGGAAUGCCUCAAGCGCCUCUGCUUACACCUCCUGUGUCGCCAGCGGUGGCUUCUGGGAUGCAAAGGAACACAACAAUGAACAACAGCUUUUCUCAGGUAACGUACACGGCUCUUGGUGAGAAGAAGCAGCAACCGUGGGGAUAUUCCAUGAAUGGUGAGGUCAACCCUCCAUCUGAAGUGAUCGACAGCUUGGUGGCACAGCAUUUUAAUAACUGUGGAUUUGGAGGCUUUGUUCAACAGGCGCGGUACCAGGCUCCAAUGGCAAACGAGAUGAACAAUGUAAGUCAUACUUUAUCGUAUUAGUCUGUUUUUACCCUACCAUAACUAUCAAGACCGUUACCCAAACCAACAUUUUCUAGACUUAGUGGGGUUAGCUCCCACCAGUCUCCCGCAGCUUAAAGGUAGAGCACCUCGGACUACAGUCGAUCGAACCUCCACCUCUCCACAACGGCCAACUCUUUUUGUGACGGUGGACAGUCCACCAUACAUUGACUUUGCCCAGUCACUUGGCCUCAUUAUUUCGCUCGGCCAAAGCGUUUUGGGACACGGUGUCCAAGCGAAGAUGUGAGCCUCGGAUACGUCACCGAAGUGAAUUUACCGAGAGGCACUGGUAAAAAGCCGUACAGGGACUAGGCAAACAUUGACUCCCGUUUAAACCUCUCCACAACCGCGGCCACUUACUUCCUUAAGGUUCAACUGUAGCAACCAGAGGGUCAUAGGUUCCACUGCUAUUGGGAGUACUAGGAUUUUUUUCUUCCGAGCCGCCAGUGUCACUGACAGAAAAACAUUUUUCUCAUCCUGUAGUCUGUAAGCAGGAUGAUUAGACCUCGUAAAUACCUUCCAGUUGGCUCUGGUUAGUAUUUUAGCACAAGGUAAUUGAAUGAUAAUCAUGCAACGUAGUUUCUCUCUCUCUCGAUCAUAAACAUUUAUCCUAGACCGUCCUCAAAUGAUUACAUUCUAACGCGCCUAAGUAAUUGUCAUUGAACUAGUUAUAAGGGCGUCGAAUAUUGCGGGGCGAAAGACCCACACUCUGAUAUAAUCUACUGUUGAAUUCUACAAAGCAAAAUUUGGCCCACGCCACUGUCACCUCUGCGUUAGAACAUAGAGUCAUCCCUUCUUUAUAAGUUCUACUCAGUGAUACUUUCCCUAACUUCUUAUGUUUCCUUUGUUAGGGUUAUGACCAUAGUCCAGACUACGUUCAAAACUGCACCGUCAAUGCAAGUCACUUACCUUAUCCGCCAAUGAUGGCAACUGCGAACUCCCAUUACGCACAAGUAACGCAAGGUUACUACAUGCAUGUUGCGCAACCCGAGCCACGUAACCACAUCAACCACGUGACUACCGGCGGGGAUGUUCCAAUGAUGGGCUCUACCAUGGUUUACACAGAGGCGACAGGAAUGAUGGAUGACGCUGUUGGGGUAGUGGAACAUGCAGACGAAAACGAUGAAUUCAUUAACAUGACUGUUCAUAAGUUGUUCAACGGUGAUUGUGAGUUGGAAAAGAUGGAUUGCGUUGAUGAACCAGGAAUGCUCCCGUCUAUAAACUCACUUCUUACCUAAGCAGCCAUUUAAAUGAUUACAUAUAUAUAUAUAUAUAUAUAUAUUUUAUGCAACUGUACAGAGACCCCUCAGCCGCUAUAUUCUUGCUAUAGAAAAGUUCACAUCACAUGUAAUAUAUUAAUUUUAGAGCCCUUUUUUAUAUCCAAGCCGUUCUUUCUGAACUUAUUUUGUAGUCAUUUUGUUCACUACUUAUUUUUCAAAGGAAAGCAAGAGUACAGCGAACGCUGACUUCUAUAACCAGGGCGCCUGCGCCUAUUUUCCUUUCGUCAGAGGUCGUUACCGAUUUUAACGGUCGAUGUCACAAUUAGUAACCAAGUAGUCAUGAUGCAUGUAAUAUAUUCCCUGGAUUAAGUUACAAUAAGGCAAAUAAUACGUUUUUGAAUAGUCUUAGAAAGAACGAAGUUGAAACCCAAGUUGAAUUUACGUGAAAAAUUAUGGAAAGGGCUAUGGUAACCUGUUAUUGAUGUAACAGUUAAGAAAGACAGUUUGCUAGUAUAUGUACUUAAUUUUCUCGGAAUUUUGGCCGGUCAGUGUGGUAGUGUAGUGGUAAGGGAUAGCGAUUAGGAUACGAGAGGUCCAGGUUCGACGCGGGGUUGCGAUUUUGUUUCUUUUUCAUAGAAACGCUUUCACUAACAGAUCAAAAAUUUUCUAAGUGUCUUAAAAAUGGCAGCGACCGUUUACGAAAGGAACAACUGACUGCGGCGCCUGCCUAUUAGAGUUAGUCCCUGACGUUUUUCAUUCAGUUCCUUAGUCUCUCAUGAGAAUACCGACACCACUAUGUUCAAAAAGAGCAUUUAACGUGGGUCCCAUUCAGUUAGUGUUCGUUUUAGAGAGCGUUGACUGUACCUUAAAACCAUUCUAAUUCGGAGAUGAUUUUGUAAGCUCAAUCGUGGUACGAUUCUUAGAAAGGUCGAAAUAAGAAGCAAAGACGCUUAUUUACUUUUCAACGUAAACUACUCCGCAACUUUGAUUAGUAAAGCUCAAAGAUGUUCAAAAAAAGAGGUGGCAAGGUGUCCCAGAUUUGGCCAUUGCACCAGCAUUUGAUUUAAACCCCAAAUUGGUAUUGAAACUGUAUGUAUCAUCUUAUGACGUAAAAAUUGGUCUUAGUUAACUCAUUUAAAAACAGCUAGAUUCUUACGCUAUCUGAAAGUUAUGGUUAGACACAACAAGAUUACGCGGUUAAGUCAGCUUUCGAUCCCGGCCUGGUGCUGGCCAAAAAGGAUUGUAGCACUAGAAACUAUUAGUGCGAUUUAUACAGUGCGGUUAGACAGGGCGGUUAAACAGUGCGGUAUGUUCCUCCUAUUGCCCGGCCUAAGAUAUCGUAGCAGACGCGACCAUUACCUAUGGAUAUCUUAUAAAUUUGCAGUAUUGCCGUCUUCAGUCUAGUUUUAAUAUUUUGGUACACACAUUAUUACAGAAGUAAUAGCUACGGAAAAAUCAUUAUUUUAUAUCUUUUCCUUUGAUUUUAUCAUAGAAAUUAUAAUUAUAAUCGAAAAAGAUAAGUAAUUAAUGGUUGAAAAUGAAAAACACAAUUCAUGGUAAAUAAAAGUUUUUAAUCGUUCGCCAUUUGUAUAAUAGACAAUACAUUAAAGUGAUAUAUUUUCGUAUC